AUGACUUCACCCGCCAGAGCCCUGUGCAAGGCUUGGCCGCGACAACACGCGCACCUGCUCAUGAUCGAGCAACAGCUGCUUCAUCACUCUAGUGGUGUGCGUCGCUGGGGUGGGCCUCUUGGUUUUCAGAGGCCUCCUCGAGGGCAAGGAGACGCUGGUGCCCCUGGGCUCAGCUCCUUUGACGAAGCGGAUCAGCAGUUGUUGCAACGCCUUGCAGACUUUGACGAUGGGACUGCGCUAGAGGUGCCUCUUCCAAGCAGCGUCAUUCCGCAUGCUUGCCGUCUGCUUUACCUCCGCCAGGAGAUCGCGACCAUGCCAAUGACGCGUUUGUGCUUCAAUCUGUCGCUGCAUCCAGUGACCCGGAGCUGGCUCUUAGGCCACUUCCUGGUACUCCUGUGCAGGCAGACAGAGACGGAGGCCUCGCUGGACUCACUUCCGCCACCCUGUCUCUUUGAAGGACUUGAAGGGCUGAAGCUGCCACACCGAAGUUCGCUGGAGGUCCAGUCCGUUGGCUCCCAGCGGGUCUUGGCCAUUUUGGCAUAUUUGCUCCGGCGAGUUCCUCAAUGUGGCGACUUCUUCGCGAGGAAGCUGCUUUCGAGCGAGCCAUGGCUGAAAACCUUUCAAGUGCCGCAGUGGGUCGCGGGCGACCGAAGCAAGAAGUCUCGGGGAGAUCUAUCACUCCUGCAAGGGCUUGGGAUGUCAGACCUGCCUGGCCACUGUGCGGUGAAUCUGCUCAUGCAACUUGUCAAUACUAGGUUGUACUUGUCCUCGUCGCGACAUGCUGCAUGGCUGCUCUCCGUCCUGCACGCGCUGCUGGUGCCGCAGCCUGCUCACAGCAGCUCUGACAAAAUGUCGAAGGAUGAAAGCAACGAAGCUGCAGAGCUGCCCUUCCCUUCUGUGGUUGCAAAUCAUGCGUCUCCGAUCUCUCCGGCUUUUGUCGGAGCUCAAGCCCCUGAAGCCUUUGCACCGCCUGCAGCUAGUCCUUCACCUGUUGAGGGGACGCCUGGCGACUCUGCAAGCCCAGUCCCGUCCCCUCCGGAGGAGACACCGGGAUCACAGAGAUGGACGAAGAUCAUCGAGGACAUGCACAUGGCCUUGUCUCAGAAGAGUGUGUUGGCACUUUGCCACUUCCUUUGUCAUGCUGGAAGCGGUCACGGCUCCAGCAGCGAGGGUGACGCUUUCCAGUUGGCCGGCGACAUCCUCGUGGCAUUGGCUGCCUCACGGACACACUUGGACACGGUGCGCUGUGAGCUGAUGCAGGUCCUGGCUGCGCUAGUCACGGACAUCGAGCGAGCUCUACAAGAGUGUGAGGCGGCUGCGGCUGAGCCCUCCACGAUUGAGUCGCGCUUUCUGCGCGUGGUGAGAACAUUGACGGAAGUCUUCCGGGAGGCCUCAAAGUCAGGCCCAGAGGACCGGGACCGUAAGCCAGAGGGCCUUAUGGAAGAGGCUCGUGUCGAAAUGCUGUGGGAUGCCUUGGAUCGCACUCUGGAACGUUUGGAUGACCCAGAGAUGGCUGCCACACCGGCACAGAGAUUGUUGUCAGCAGCCCCAGAAGCUGAGUCUUCACAGGUGGACAACAGCCAGUCGCCCCCAAAGCCUUUGCUGAACCGGCUGCUGCCCCUCAUCGAGGCCUUCUUUGUGCUCCACGGCCACAUCACUGACGAGGCGGACAAGGCUCCUCGACAAGAGGAACCUCUUCAGAUGACGGAGGGCGGCUCCUCAUCUUCCCAACCUGGAAAAGCCCAGUCGCCAGCUGAGUUGCUUGCAAAGUUCUGCACUUGCUCUGAAUCUCGCAGGCUGCAAAGUCAGGGUCGCGAAGUAGUUGCCAUGGGCAAGCCUUCCACAGACUUAGAAGCACGGACUCGGCAUGUCUUUGCAGAGUUCCAUGAACAGUCUGCAGCCGAGAGAUCUCGUUUCGGCCAGUUCUGCAAGAAACACCGGCGCCCUUUGAACGCGCUGCUGAAGCAGACGCCUUCGCUGCUUUCAAAGUCCUUUGCCCCAGUGCUUCAGUUCAUGCCGAGCUGUUUGGACUUUGACAACAAGCGUUCCUACUUCAGGGCGCAACUACGGUCCCGGCGAUUAGAAAGCCGGUAUCAGACCAUCCGCUUGCGGGUUCGGCGGAACGAGAUCUUCAUGGACUCAUACCACCAGCUUCGAAUACGAACUGGUGAAGAGAUGAGAGCCAAAAUCCAGGUUCAGUUUCAGGGCGAGGAGGGCAUUGAUGCCGGAGGGGUUGCCAAGGAGUGGUAUGGGGCCCUGGCCAAAGAAAUCUUCAAUCCCAACUAUGCCCUCUUCGUGCAAGCUGGUGGCAAGGCUUGCACGUACCAUCCGAAUCCAAUGUCAUACGUCAACAGGGACCACCUCCAGUUUUUCCACUUCAUUGGAAGGGUGGUUGGGAAGGCAAUCCACGACGGCCAAAAUCUGGAGGCGUGGUUCACUCGAGGCUUCUACAAGCACAUGCUUGGAAAGAAGGUGAUUCCUGCUGAUCUGGAAGCAUUCGAUCCAGAAUAUUUUUCCAAUCUAAAGUGGAUGCUUGAUCAUGACAUCACAGACAUCAUCGAGCUCACCUUCUCUGCUGAGAGCGACGAGCUGGGGCAGAUCAAAGUGGUCGACCUGAAGCCGCAUGGCAGAACAUUGCCUGUGACAAACGAAAACAAACAUGAGUACAUUCAACUCAUGUCGGAGCACAAGAUGACCAACUCCGUGAAGCAGCAAAUAGAGCAUUUCCUCAAAGGCCUGCAUGAGAUCGUCCCCCCACAGCUGCUGUCGCUAUUUGACGACAAGGAGCUGGAACUUCUCAUCUCUGGCCUCCCAGACAUUGACAUUGAGGAUCUGAAGCAGAACACCGAGUAUCAUAAUUAUACGCCGCUGUCCGACCAGGUCCAAUGGUUCUGGAAGGUGCUGAGCGAGUUUAACCAGGAGCAGCGAGCUUGGUUCCUCCAGUUUGCUACCGGGACCUCGCGCGUUCCGGUCGAGGGCUUCAAGGGUUUGGUGGGCAUGAGAGGGCCGCAGAAGUUUUCGCUUCACCGAGCAUACGGUUCAGAUCGGCUCCCGUCAGCUCACACCUGCUUCAACCAGGUGGACCUGCCAGAGUACCCAUCGGAGGAUGUGCUGCGAGACAAGCUGUUACAGGCCGUAAGCGAAGGCCACGAAGGCUUCGGCUUUGCCUGA